AUGCUCACGUACCGCGUCGACGCCGACAAGGGGUUCAACUUCUCGGUGGGGGACGACGCCUUUGUGUGCCAGAAGAAGAAUCACUUCCAGGUCACGGUCUACAUCGGCAUGCUUGGAGAUCCCAAGUAUGUGAAGACCCCCGAGGGCCUGAAACCCUUAGAGUGUUUCUACCUGAAGCUGCACGGACUCGAGGCCUUGAACCAGUCGAUCAACAUAGAGCAGUCCCAGUCCGACCGCAGCAAACGGCCCUUCAACCCUGUCACGGUCAACCUGCCUCCAGAGCAGGUCACUAAGGUGACUGUGGGGCGGCUGCACUUCAGCGAGACCACGGCCAACAACAUGCGGAAGAAAGGCAAACCCAACCCAGACCAGAGGUAUUUCAUGCUCGUGGUGGCCUUGCAAGCGCACGCGCAGAACCAGAACUACACGCUCGCAGCCCACAUCUCCGAGCGCAUCAUCGUCCGAGCCUCCAACCCCGGCCAGUUCGAGAGCGACAGCGACGUGCUGUGGCAGCGGGCGCAGCUCCCCGAUACCGUUUUUCAUCACGGCCGGGUUGGCAUCAACACGGACCGUCCCGACGAAGCCCUCGUGGUCCAUGGCAACGUGAAGGUCAUGGGGUCGCUGAUGCACCCUUCAGACGUCCGGGUGAAGGAGGACAUCCAGGAGGUGGACACCACGGAGCAGCUUAAGAGGAUCUCCCGCAUGCGGCUCGUGCACUACAACUACAAGCCCGAGUUCGCGGCCACGGUGGGCAUCGACAACACUUCUGAGACAGGUGUCAUCGCUCAGGAGGUAAAGGAGAUCCUCCCCGAAGCUGUGAAGGACACCGGGGACCUGGUGUUUUCCAAUGGGAAGACCCUCGAGAACUUCCUGGUGGUGAACAAG